AGACGUGGAGGAAAGUGAGAUGUAGCGAGCUAUGGCUAGCGACAUUGUUGCUUAUGAUAACAGUUAGCGUUCGGUCGGUCUUAACGUUAGUCCGCUAGUUAACCUCAAACUAGCGGGUUAGCUUACGGUUACAUCAAAGAUCUGAUCAGACAGUGCUAUUCCGGCAAACCAACGUUAGCUAGCUAAUAACGAACUAUAUUUAACGUUUUGAAAACUAUCCUCAGUAGCCAACGUUAAUACUGAAGAAUCGUUUAAGUUUACGGUAGCUAGAACGAAUAACUCGUAUUGUUCGCUUCCAGUUAUCAUAGCUAGUCUAGAUAACGUUAGCUUUGAAUUUGAAUAGCUAGCUGGCUGAGUUUCUUCCAGAUUUUUUUCGUUACAGAUUGUGACAGGCUAUCGGUGACAUGUGAUUUUGGAAUAAAUAUUUAACCUGGAAAGAGCUGUUUCUCUGGUUAUCCAUAUGUAGGCCUCGUGUGAUGCCUCGGUGUGCAGUCAAACAUUGUGUUGAGCCAGUCCAGCUCUGGCCAGAUCGAAGAAGACCUGAAAUCCCUUAACUUCAUAGGUCAGGAUAGAUUAGGCUACAUCGCCGAAACGAAGUGGGCAAAUUUCGGCUGCCUAGUACAUGCACUGUGUCUAUGACCUCCCUGGCAGGCCAGCCGGAGAAAUGUACCCCCCCACAAGAAAGGAUUUUGUGUCUUUAACCCUGUCUGAGCGGGACCCCCGUACCUACAAUAACGGGAAGCAGUGGCGCAGGCAGUCCUGCUGGAGGAAAUGGAAGCAGCUGUCCAGGUUGCAGAGGACUCUGGUCCUGGUGGCGCUGCCGCUCACGGUGGUGUGUUUGUUUGCGGCGUACCCCGGCCUGGCCGGACGCUGGAGAGUUUGGUCACGUGACCGUGUGUCCACAGGCCUGUCCGACAUGGCGGUGAAGGAGGACCCAGGGAAGGGGCGCGACCUGAAGCCCGACGUCCCAGGAGCGGUCCCAGGGGUCAUCGCCGAGCCCCCCAAACAGAACGUGCCCGUCCUGCCUGAGGCUGCUCCAGUGAGGAGACCGUUCCCCAAGCGCGGACCCCCUGGCCUGCAGAGCCGCAUGCAGAAGAGAGGGAACGCGUCAGACUCGCAGGUGGAGGAGGAGAAGCCGGCGGUGAAGAGCGGGGAGCAGGGCGGAGGAGAGAAGCCGCUGGUCAGCUGGAGAGGGGCCAUCAUCGAGGCAGAUCAGACCACCGACCCACAGCCGUCGUUGCAGGGGAAGGAGCGGGACGCGGCGCCUGGGGAACCCCCUGGGGUCACCCCGCAGAAGCCCGUUACUGACCCAGUGAAGAGGCAGGAGGCAGUAAAAGAGGCUUUCAGACACGCCUGGAAGGGCUACAAGGAUUUUGCCUGGGGUCACGACGAGCUGAAGCCCAUCACCAAGUCUUUCGGGGAGUGGUUUAACCUGGGCCUGACCCUCAUCGACGCCCUCGACACCAUGUGGAUCCUGGGCCUGAAAGAAGAGUUCGAGGAGGCCAAGGCCUGGGUGGCCACGGAGCUGUCCUUCUCCAAGAACGUAGACGUGAACCUGUUUGAGAGCACCAUCCGCAUCCUGGGCGGCCUCCUGAGCACCUACCACCUGACCGGCGACGCCCUGUUCCUGGACAAGGCUAGAGACAUAGGGUCCAGGCUGAUGCCCGCCUUCAACACCCCCUCCAAAAUCCCGUACUCGGACGUGAACAUCGGGAAGGGCACGGCGCACUCGCCCCGCUGGACGUCGGACAGCACCGUGGCGGAAGUGACCAGCAUCCAGCUGGAGUUCCGCGAGCUGAGCCGGCUCACUCAGGACCCGCGCUAUAGGGACGCCGUGGACGAAGUGAUGAGGCUGGUGCACAAGCUGGACGGGAAGCACGAGGGCCUGGUGCCCAUGUUCAUCAACACCAACAGCGGGCAGUUCACCCACCUGGGCGUGUACACGCUGGGGGCGCGCGCCGACAGCUACUACGAGUACCUGCUGAAGCAGUGGGUCCAGGGCGGGAAGAGGGAGACCGAGCUACUGGAGGACUACCUGAAGUCCAUGGAGGGGGUGAAGAAGAAUCUGCUGAGGAAGUCGUCUCCCAGUGGACUCACCUUCGUGGGGGAGCUGUCCCACGGCCACUUCAGCCCCAAAAUGGACCACCUGGUGUGCUUCCUGCCGGGCACGCUGGCGCUGGGCGCCCACCACGGCCUGCCCGGGGACCACAUGGAGCUGGCCCAGCGGCUGAUGGAGACCUGCUACCAGAUGUACGCGCAGAUGGAGACGGGCCUGAGCCCCGAGAUCGUGCACUUCAACAUGCAGGCCGGCGAGAGCCGAGACGUGGACGUCAAGCUCGCAGACAGACACAACCUCUUGCGGCCAGAGACGGUGGAGAGCCUGUUCUACCUGUACAGGUUCACCAAAGACCGCAAGUACCAGGACUGGGGCUGGGAGAUCUUCCAGAACUUCAACAAGUACACCAGGGUGCCCUCCGGUGGUUACACCUCCAUCAACAACGUCCGUAACCCCGAGGACCCUAACCCCCGGGACAAGAUGGAGAGCUUCUUCCUGGGGGAGACGCUCAAAUACUUCUUCCUGCUGUUCUCCGACGACCCCGAGCUGAUCAGCCUCGACAAGUACGUCUUCAACACGGAGGCCCAUCCCUUGCCGAUAUGGCCCGACACGCCCCCGGCCGCGGUGUGACGGGGGGCGGGGCAUGCGGAGAGGAAAUGACGGGAGCACAGUUACUUAUCUCAGGGCUUAGGAGGAAACAGAGAUUUUCUUUCUCUCACACCCCUUCACACCCCCUGCCUUGCCAGCUGGACUGCAGUGGAAACAUGCCUUACUUGGAUGGGUCUAUUGCAGGGAGGUGGUUUUUAAUCCAUUGCAAUUGGCCUUAAACGUGUUUUUUUUUUUUCUUAAUUGAUAACUCUGGGAUCAUGAUUGAGGCGAUGGAGCUGGUUACUCCUCAAGUCCUAGAGUGGGACCCCCGCAUACCCCCACUCUCAAAGUUUCAGAGAAGAUUGUGGAGUCUGGGAAGGACUCCCCUGAAACAUCUCUUCCUCCGUCCUUCUCCCUUUUCCAAACUGAAAUCUGAGCCAAAACUGCCACCCUCCUUUGACCCUUGCAUCCUUUGGUGGCCUUGGCCACGCCCCCACCCCGCCCCCUUACCUGCCGAACGAGCGUCAUGCGAGGAGAUGGCGUCCUGCUGGUGAACAACAACCUCGCACUUCAAAACCCUUCCCACUUGUUUAUUCAUGACAGAUGACAAAUUUGAGUCGGUCAUAAGCUGCUAUUGUUUUUGUUCUUCAGUGGCUGACUUCAAAGUAAGCUAGAUUAGAUUUAUUCAUGUCUGUAAGCAAGGGCAUUCUUUCCAGAGCUCUUACAGAAACUAAGCAAGGGUGGCCAUAAAAUGGCAAUUUGCUGUGUAGUGGCUUGUAGAAAACCCGCAGUUACAGCAGUAAUCGUGACGGUGGCCUGGAAUUGAAUGCUUAGGGUGUCCUCUGUUGUUGGGACCACCAUGAGUUGUGAACACAUCAUGGCACUUCUUUUUCCACUUGUUGGUAGUGUCAAAAAAAGAUAGCUUUGAUGUUUUUCUUAUCUUUUUCUAUUAAUGUGUAUUGUGUCUGAAAUCUGACAAAAUGGCGCCUUUUCUACGUGCGCAAACGUUUCAGAGACGUCGGGAGUGUGUUGUGUGGAGAUGUAGUGACUUGCAGAUUGCUGUGCGGUCUCUUCCACUAUAUAAGCAUCGAAAAGUCUUUCUUCCUCUGCUGUAAAUACUAUAAAGAACUUCUAGAGUCAGGAUCCUAACUGUCAAAGAGAUCGUCAAAACCCAUGCAGUGCUGCAUGGGCAAUGCUAGUCUUAAACCACAGAACUGCACAGACGCUGGAGGCCUUCAGCUCUGUCUGUGAUUCACAUUGCCACUCUGCCCUUGACUUUGGAGUUUGGAAUACUCAGAAGAACUCAAGAAACAAGCCUGAUGUUAUUAAUGUAGCAUUAUUGUCAAUACAUAACAGCACAGUAGUUUUUAAGAAAACAUUUCAAAAGGGUUUUUUUUUUUUUUGAAGAAACAAAAUGAGAUUACAAUCAUUCCUCUAAAUAGCCUUGCUUUGACAUUAGUCACAUUAGUCACUUUUUAAUUUUGGACUGCCUGUCAUUUAAUUUGUGACUUUGUUAUUUGUAGCAUCAGCAAGGUUUUUGCACUGAGCAUAGCGCGUGCACAGAAAUGGCUUCAUAUAGCCUACAUUCUAAAUUUGUGACAUGUCUAUUGGAUAAAGUAUAUUUUGUAGACAGUGCAUUUGUUUUUAGGUUGGCUUUCAGAGUAGCGUUAUUGUAAUUUACAGUUAACGCCAUAAAGGAACAUUAGCAUACCUGUUAAUUACAGUACUUUAUUCCUCAGUGGUUUAAAUUCCCUAAAAUGUGGCACCUAUGCAGUAAGCAUUAGCAGGCCUUUUUAACAAGUUUUUCAAAUGUUUAUAUACAGUGUAAUCCUAUAGAUUCUGCCUGUUUCAAUUUUGUUGUGCGUUUCAUUGUUCAUUUGAUCUGUGACUACAUUGGUUCCAUGGCAUUUUCCAAUCGGGUGUUUUGGCAUUUUGCAUAUCUAUGUAACACUGAGGUAUCAAGCGCUUCUCCUUUGGGGCUAUGUGUGUGCUAGCCUAUAUUUAUGUAUGUGUGUGUGCGCAUUUUCUUUCCAGCCAUUCUAGCCUAGGUCCUCCCCACACUAAUUUUGCUAAUGCUGUACAUUAAUCAAUCUUUUAUACAUAUACAUUUAUCAGUUUCUAUAAAAUAAUAUCAGAUGCAGGGAUUAUAUCAAAGGAACCGCUUCAAUGCAUGAUUGCCAAAAUGCAAAAAUGGAGGCGAAGGGUAAUUUAGAAUAAUUUAGAGUAGCAACAAGUGAGCACCAGACUUUCACUGUAGGUGAUUUCACCCCUUAAAGCCAGAAUAUGUGGGGAGUAAUUUGUCUUUUUUGGAGAAUUUGUCAUUUCUCUGCUAGGGGAAAUCUCUUCUUUGAGUUUGAUAUGCGCAGAGUGGCGGCUGAUGGAUGGAAAGCCCCUUUAAUGACAUCACAGGGGAGGAGCUAAAGGUCAGGAGAGUUCAUCCCAUGCUGAUGUAUUAGAGAUGGGGAGAUGUUCAUCCACCGCAUCCUCCAGAUUUUGUGGAGUUUAGAUCCGGGGAACUGCUUUGCAUUCAUGCCCAGAUCCUUCGCACUUUGGGACCCUUGUAGACUGCCGCAGCAUCCUCGCACCUCUGUGCCCAGGCUGAAAAUGGACCAUGUUCUCUGGGGCAGCCAGCUUCCGGCUGCAUUCCCCACCAGGUGUCCACAACUAAUCUUUGCCAACUGAGACAAUGCUCCAUUUCCAAACGUGCCUUCCGCGCUCAGCUGAACAAUGUCCCCGUUGUGAAUUACUGUUGUCUUUUUUCCCCAUCCCAUCUGUGUUCUUUGAUUCCUCAUUCUCAGUGGUAAAUGCUGAUGGCCCUUUUCCCCAUUUCACCAUCGUUUUCUAUUUUUUAAUGUUUACAUUUUUCUUGUGGAUGUAUUUAGAAUGAGAGAGAGAAAGAUAUAUAUAUAUAUUUUUAUUAAUUUAUAAUAUGAAUUUCCUUGGCGGGGGAGGUUCCUAAUCAAGAAGGUUCCUAAUGGUUCAUGUUAUGGCCUAAAGUCCAAUUACAAACAUUUUUGUCAAUUGUUGUACCGUGAUCUGAUUCAGAUGGCCAGGGAUUUUAAAUCAAAUACAAAUCGUAUGCUGAUCAACAAAAAGUAAUUGUUCGGGUGUGGGGUGAUCAUUGUUCUCACCCCUACGGAUUCCCUCACGUUACAGUGGUUUAAAAGGCAGCUUUGCUCGAUCACCUACUUGUGGUUGAUGGGAUGUAUAGUAAAUAGCUGGAUUGUGUUGCGUUUUUACACUCGCUGAAGUUUUUCUCCCAUUUGGGCCUUUAUGUUAUGUUUAAAACCUUUAGUCUGUUGAUGUCACAUGAUCCAAGUGACAUAAUUCAACAUUCUUAGACGUCAUCACAAAAAAAAUAAACAAAUUGGGAGUUAUCCAAUCAUAUUUUUAAAAAGUUUUAAUGGAUUUUCCAUGACACAUCUCAAGUUUAAAAAACAAAUAAAAAAUACACCAAAGACAUGGCUGAUCCUUCCCAAAGACUUUUUAGUCGGUAUUUGCUUCAUAAUGUGGGUGCCACUUUGGCUGUCGUGCAGAAUCUCUGUUGUACACAUGCCAAAACAAUGGCCAGUGCGACUGUCUAAACCUGUUAUUGGAGCAACAUGGAUGCCUGUCAGCCAUCUACAAUCUUGUAUGGAGAAAUAUGUUUUGUACGUGUCAUCUGGGCUACAUUAAAAUAUUGAAAGAA